GGGGGAGGGCGCCGCCGCAACCAUGCCGCCGCGGCGGCGCCGAACGUCGGCCCCGCCGUAGCGCCGCGCCGCCCCCGCAAGCGACCCGAGCAGCCCCAGGCGUGAUGGCGCCCUUGCGGCGGGCGCGGGACGGAAUCGCCGCGGCGGCCAUUGCGUGGCUCCGCGCCCCUGGGGCCGCUGCGGGCCCCGGGCCCCCCGGGCUGGGCGAGUGCGCCGCGCGCUUCGUGCCGCCCGCCGCGCCGCUCGCCGCCACGGACCUCAACGGCGUCCGGGUGCCGGACGCCUGCUUCAUGGACCCGGGCGAGCACCACGUGUACAUCGUCGGCGACUGGGGCGGCGUGUCUGCCGCCCCGGGCGCACCGCCCGUCCCUGCGGACCACCGUGCGCCAGAGUUCAAGGCGCACCACCGCGAGUUCGUGUCGGGCGUCGACGACUGUGCUCAGCAGCGCGUCGCGGAGCAGAUGAGGCGCCGGGCGGCCCAGAGCCAGCCGGACUACGUCCUCAACGUCGGGGACAAUUUCUACUGGGGCGGCAUCGCGGGGGAGUGCGGCAUGCCGGUGUUCGAGCACGUGGGCACGGGUCAGUGGGCGACUGUGUUUGAAGAGGUCUACACAGGCCCUGGCCUGGACGGCAAGCAGUGGCUCGGUGUCUUGGGGAAUCACGACUACGGCGGCUACGUGUUCACUGGUGCGUGGGACCAGGUGAUCAGCUACACCUGGUAUCCGCCCGAUGGGCCGGGCAGCACGGGCCGCUGGCUGACACCGGCGCAGUACUGGCGAACGAAGGCUUGGUACGCAGACUUCUCGGUGCAUACUUCUUUCUGGACUCCAACAUCUUCGACUCCCAGGCCCCAGACGUCGACCAGCCGCCACAACCUCUGCAGCGCGGAGCACAACGCGCAGAACGCCUCCUGCGGGCCCGAGGGCCCUGCCUCGGUGGAGGACUGCCCCGCCUGGUUCGGCCGCCUCUGGGCUGGGCAGAUGGCCUGGCUGGAUCAGCACCUCGGCAACUCGGCGGCCGACUGGCAGGUCGUUGUGACCCACUACCCCCCGAUCUGGGGCAGGGACGACUGGUCGUACCUCGCCGCCAAGCACGGCAUCGACCUGAUCGCGUCUGGACACAUACACAAGCAGGAGCUGCACCACCUCGGCAACAACUUCCUGAAGCCGACCGCGUACCUGAUCACUGGCGGGGGCGGCGGCAUCACCUCUGAGGGCCCCCCAACCAGGACGGGCCACGACGACCAGUACGGCUUCGUGGACGUCACUCUCUCGCGGACGGUGCUGAGGAUCGAGAUGGUCUCGCACGGGGGGCAGCUGCGCCGGUCCGCGAACGUGACGCAGAGGCACCCAGAGAACCCGCUGCGGCUGCCGGGAGCGCGCGCCGCGGCGCAGUGCCUCGCCAUCAACGCGAUCGUCGAACCGUAUCCAUCUUGGCUCAAGCCUUUCUUCGACAUCCCGCUGGAGCGCAUGAAAUUUUCAGGACCCCUCGCGGCGUCUGUUGCGGCUGCAGCUGCAGACUUCGCCGCGGCGUGCGACGCGGCGGACGGCGAGGACAGCUCGUCUCUCCUGGCGACGCGCUCGCUUCCCAUGAGCUUUGCGCAGGCGCAGCAGAACGUCAGCGAGCGGGGCAAAGGUUGCAAGUGCAGCUCGUCGUGCAACAAGCCAUGAUGGCACCGGAACGCGAUCGACCCAUGUAGCCCGACUGAUUGUUCCAGGAAUGGUUAGGGUUGCCUUCGGAUCAGCUUACUGGGAGGAGUGCCCUUUGAGUGGAGCGCCCACAAGGGAUGUUCUGGCUACAUACGAAUUGACGAUUGAUGUGAACGCACGCCGCAGCAAGCCCGUGCGUAGAGUCGGGUCAUGUAUCCAAGUGUUGCGUUAUAUGCAUCUCUUAUUAAUCCCUGUUGCUCCAGUUCUCCGUCAGUUUACUGCGACCACUACUGCAUCUACUUCUACUACUGAUACUGCUCCCCUUAUUUCUGCUACUGCGACUACGUCUACGACUACGGCUACUCCUGCGUCUGCUUAUCACAAUGCUCCUGCUGCUCCUCUGGUAGCAUUAACACUGUUAUGAUUUUCUUAUCUCUUUUCAUGCUACUAAUACGCUAACGUGCACCAGGUGAGCACCUCUACUUUCAAAGUGCCGGCGGCCGCGAAUCGGGGCUUACCGCGGCCGGAAAAUGCCCCGGCUGCGCCUCGCGUGGCGCCCAGGGCGCCUCGGCGCAGAUCUCCCUCCUGGGCGCUCGCCGUCGUGAGCUGCGCCCCUCUUGCUUUCAGCUCGCGCACGGUCGGGUUAUUCUCCAGGGUACUCACAGGAAGGGGAGCCGAUGUGGCACAAUCGCUGCGGCGCGCUCACCCUGUCGAAGUCGAAGUUGAAGCACUUACGCUUUUGCGAAAGAGUGCGCAAUUACGCGUGCGCAGACUGUCUUGAACCAUCGUGUUGCGAAACCAUAUUCCAUAUGUGUUCGGAAACAUGGAUCUUCAAAUCCGUGUGAAGCCCAAGUUUGUGUUGCAAUAAUUUUGGCACACGCGCGCGCAACGACGCGCGCGUGCGGACUUUGCCCUGCAUGGGGAUCCUUGGAAUUUGAUGGCGUUUGCUAAACGAGUGCGCGCGCCUCUUUUCAUUUGUC